AUGUCUCAGAAUAUACAGAAUGGGAAACAAACCGGAAGUGGAGCAAAUACCUCUGGUGUAGACAGUUCGGAGAUUCUAUGCCGUGAGUUUGAAAGACUGUGGAAUUUCAUCGAUCACUCUCUGGAAUGCUAUACUGCUGAGCUUUUUGACUUUUUCUCGACUGCACUUGAAAAGUCGAUCCUGUACCUAGCAAAAGACCGUCGCGAAGAUGCUUAUCGCCUCUUCAAGAAGUUUCAAUCCCUAUUUUAUUUACCGCACGAGGGACGAUACUACGAGAUUGUGAAUUUACUUUCUUCCGACAAACGGUCUGGUGAUAGACAAAUCCAAUAUAUGCAAAAGCUAAUAACAAUGCACAAGAUGACAUAUAUCGUUCUCCAUUCCUUUUUAAACGAGGUUCCAUGUCACACAAUCUUAGACAUUGAAAACAAAUUUAUUCGCUACGACAUCGUCGACACUCCCAUCGAAAUCAAAAAAAUCCCCUAUUACGAAUUCCAAAACGAACUUUCCACUCCUCUCCCCACUUCCCAGUCCUCUCUCUCGCUCCUCGUCCCUCCCAACGCUCUCCUCCCACCUAGAAAUCCCCUCCUCCCUCCGUCUCCUUCCUCAACAUCGCUCUCGCCGACUUUGUCUCCCAAUUCGACUCCCACAUCAUCCGAAUCCGCGUCAGUCCCGACGGCUCCUACGUUUUCCUCCUUUUUUCUUUCUCCCAUUCAGAUCGCCUGCACCACCGAGAACGGCUUCUUCCACCUCUGGAGCUGCGCUCCGUCCGCCUCGCAGCCCACUCACCACCUCCUUCUCGGCCACGCCGACGUCGUCACCGACUUCGACUUCUCCCGCGACUCGCUCUACCUUCUCUCCUGCGCCCUCGACGGCUCCAUCAAGCUCUGGUCCACCGAGCUCCACCGCUGCCUCGUCAACUACCGCAGCUUCUCCGUACCGCUCUGGCACAUCCGCUUCUACCCCGAAAACUCCUGCUUCGCCUGCAUCGGCGGCCGCGGUAUGAUCUACAACUACAACACCAGCGACGUCCAAAUGGUCAACCGCAUUCUCCCCCGCAUGACCAUCGUCACCGCUCUCCUCCUUCUCUCCGACACCACCAUCAUCGGCUAUCGCAACGGCGACCGCAUCGCGGUGAACGGCUUCGGAAACGCCGUCACGUCGCUCUCCUUGGUGCAGAACGGCGCGUUUAUCGCCGUGGGGUACGUCGAUGGGCUCUUCCGCGUCGUGGACUUGGAGGGCCGCGCGGUGAUCCGUCCGCAGCGUGCGCACAGCAAGGCGAUUCGUCGAAUUCUGUGGAAGAAAGACCGCGAAUUGAUCCUGACCUUCGGAGAAGACGGCGCCAUUCGCGUGUGGAGGCUAGAAGAAAUAGCGAGAGUGGUGAAGGAUGGCGAAGAAACGUUUCAGCAUUAUUCGUUCCAGGAGAAUAGGGAGAUGAUUGAGCCGAAGGUGGAGUUCACGAUGAAUUUGGUGAAGACGUACACGGUGGAGGGAAUGGAGCUGCUGGAGGCCGUGGAAGUCAAGCGGGGGUGGAUUUUGGUUGCUGGGACAAUGAAGGAGGCAUUGUGUGUUUGUUGGAAAAAAUGA